CAAGCUGCUACGGGUGGCGGUGAUAGGGGUUGUAUUUGUGUGUGCUUGAAGGGUUUCGGAUUGGAGAUGCAGAAAGAAAGGGCAGUUUCGAGGAAGUGACGGACGACGGUCGGAGAAUUGAUCAGAGGAAGUUUGCUCGAUGGUGGUGCCGUGCUGCUGAACGAAACUUUUCCCCUCUUGAGCGGCAGCAGCACCGUGGAUCGGGACGGACGGGUCCAGCGGUGGAGGGAGCUUUUGUUUCCUCGCACAUUAGUAGCGCUGAAGAAUAACUUGAGGUUAGGUGGAAGAGAGAGGGUCGCAGAGGAAUUUUACUCCCACAACCAACCCCCCUCCCCCCCCUCCUUCCCCUCCCCUUUUCCUUCUCUUCCCCGCGCCUCCUCCAAUUUUUAUUAUUUUUUUUCUGGGAUCUGCGAUGGGGAAAGAGCAAGAGCUUCUUGACGCGGCGCGCACAGGAAACCUGGCCGCUGUGGAGAAGCUCUUAUCCGGGAAGCGACAGUCCGCUGGCGGAUCGUCUGGGACCAGUGGAAGCGGCAACAGCGGCGGCCACGGCGCCUCCUCCCAUCCUCUCUCCAGUCUGCUCAGCAUCUGGAGGGGCCCCAAUGUGAAUUGUGUGGACAGCACUGGAUAUACCCCUCUACACCACGCUGCCCUUAAUGGACACAGCGAGGUGGUGGAGGCGCUGUUGCGGAACGAGGCCUUGACCAACAUUGCAGACAACAAGGGCUGCUACCCUCUCCAUCUGGCUGCGUGGAAGGGAGAUGAGCGUAUCGUAAAACGUCUCAUUCACCAAGGACCUUCACACCCCAAACUUAAUGAGCAGAGCUCUGUAGACCAUAAAGAGUUCAAACGCUGUGGGCCCUUUGACCCCUAUAUUAAUGCCAAGAACAACGAUAACGAAACACCGCUGCACUGUGCCGCCCAGUAUGGCCACUCUCAGGUGGUGCGGCUUCUGUUGGAGGAGCUGACUGAUCCCACCAUGAGGAACAACAAGUUUGAGACUCCACUGGACCUAGCUGCGUUGUACGGCCGCCUGGAGGUUGUAAAGCUGCUGAUCAAUGCCCAUCCCAACCUGCUCAGCUGCAACACAAAGAAACACACACCGCUUCAUCUGGCCUCCAGGAACGGACACCUGUCUGUGGUGGAGGUGCUGCUGGAUGCUCGCAUGGACAUCAACUAUGAGACAGAGAAAGGCAGCGCUCUCCACGAAGCAGCCCUUUUCGGGAAGACGGAUGUGGUACAGAAACUUCUAAGUGCAGGUAUUGAUGUGAACAUUUUGGACCAGAAAGGCCUGACAGCGCUGGACACUGUCAAAGACAUGCCCUCUCAGAAAAGCAGAGAGAUAGCUGCUCUCAUUCUGGGGCACACGACGGGGAAACCCCCUAAUAUUGACCUUCCUCCUCCACCGAUCCCUCCGCCUCAUGAGAGUCCCAGUCCGAGGAAGAAGGGUGACCUGGAAAAGGUGGGUGAGCUUAUAUCGGUACUGGCCCCAGGACCUGAGGAGGAGAGUCCCUAUGAAGCACUGUUUGAAGCCACUUCCUGCCAUUCGUUAGACAGUCUCACCAGCAGCAAGUCCUCUGACCGGGACUCAGGACGGCCCGACAGUAAAGUUGGCAAGAAAGAACGCCUUGUCCACUCGGCACACCCUGGACCUGGUCAUGAAGAGAAGAUGAGCUCAGAGACCCUUUAUACUUGCAGCAGUAUCGAUGAAAGAGGAAAGCCAGUGGAGGAAGAGGAGGAUCACACAUAUGAGUUGUUGCUGACCGCACAGACCAAAAUCCCACCACCCAGCCAGGAGUACCAGUCCAAAAAGGAUGAGAAUACCACUAUGCCGUCUUCCAACAGUGUCCUACCUCAGCAUAAACCGCCUGCACCCCCUAAUGACCUCAAAGCCCCAAGUAAGAUGAAAGACACUCUGCACCCUCCUGCACGGAUGGGCCCACAAGCACCAGGAGAUAACUCCCAGCUCAGCCCGGAUCAGGGAGCGGGUGUCCCGGAGCAGUUCACCGGCCUCCUGCACGGAUCUUCUCCAGUCAUCGACUGCCGUGAGGACGCCUUCAGGCUUCCAGGUGUCCCACCACCCAGCCAGGGCCAACCAGAAGUGAAAAAAUCUACCAAAGUGAAAGAGGUAGCCUCAGCCGCUUCGUCCACACCUUCCCGACCCAGUAUGGCUGCCAUCCUGACAGACUGUGAUCCAAAAGCAAUUUACGCAACUGUGAACAAGGAGCACAGGGACUCAGGGGCAGGAUCUAGCGUUCGGAUGCGCCCGCCUGGGGACCUGAAGCUGGCACGCAGCCUUUCCAAGUCUGACUCAGACUUGCUUGUGUCGCCUCCUAGCGAGGAGGAAGGGGGACUUGGAAACCGUAGCGAGUCUGUUUCUAACUGUAGCACUGGCAAAAAAAGGCUUGAGAAAUCUCCUUCCUUCACUUCAGAAUGGGACGAGACACAAUCGACUCCCGCUUCGAAACAAGGAAGAUCUAAUUCCUUUGACAGCAUCGAGAAGAUCAUGACACUGAUUGGAGCCGGCAUCGAUUUUUCCAGAGAUCAGCAAUACGCUACACCAGCAGGUGCUGCAGGCCGGCUGCUGGACCAGCCUGUGGGAGACUGGCUGGAGCAUGUGGGGCUGCCGCAGUACGAGAGCAAACUGCUGCUGAAUGGGUUUGACGACCUGCACUUCAUGGGGAGCAAUGUAAUGGAGGACCAGGACUUGAGGGAGAUUGGAAUCACAGACCCAAGCCACAGAAAGAAGAUCCUCCACGCGGCUCGUUCUUUACCAAAGGUGAAAGCGCUGGGCUGUGACGGCAGCAGCUCUCUGUCCUCCUGGCUGGAGAAUCUGGGUCUGCACGAGUACUUGCACAACUUCCUGGCUAGCGGCUACCGCAGCCUGGACUGUGUGAAAAACCUAUGGGAGCUGGAGAUCGUCAAUGUGCUAAAAAUUACCCUGCUUGGUCACAGGAAACGCAUCAUUGCCUCCUUAGCAGAAAGGCCUUACGAGGAGCCUCCAGUGAAACCUCCCCGUUUGUCUCAGAUCAGGUACCAGGACCUGCCUGGAUCCCAGACUUCAUCUCCGCUCAGUCAGAUGGAGUCUUACUCUGGACACUCGAUGGACCCUCUGCUGUUUGUAGGAGAGUCAGGCAGGAAGAAAGCACCAGAUCCCAACUAUGAUGCCGCCCACAGAUAUCGCAGUGAGCGACACAGACCCCAGGAGCGAUAUGAAGAGUGUCAUCAAGAACCCCGUCUGACCCUGCGGCCGCCAAGUCUAGCAGCACCAUAUGCUCCGGUCCAGAACUGGCAUCACCAGCCUGAGAAACUCAUCUUUGAAUCUUGCGCUUAUGAAGCCAAUUACCUUGGUUCCAUGCUUAUUAAGGAUCUGAGGGGAACAGAGUCCACGCAGGAUGCUUGUGCCAAAAUGCGGAGGUCCACAGAACAAAUGAGAAAAGUCCCAACCAUCGUCCUGUCAGUCACCUACAAGGGUGUGAAGUUCAUCGACGCAGCCAACAAGAACAUCAUCGCAGAGCAUGAGAUACGUAAUAUAUCUUGUGCAGCCCAGGACCCGGAGGACUUGUGCACGUUUGCUUACAUCACUAAAGACCUGCAGACCAACCACCACUAUUGCCAUGUUUUCAGCACAGUAGACGUGAACCUGACCUAUGAGAUUAUACUGACGCUGGGCCAAGCAUUUGAGGUGGCCUAUCAGCUGGCUCUGCAGGCCCAGAGGACCAAACAACAGCAGAACCUCCCUGCAGGAACCAGUUUAGAGGUCAUUGAGACUAAGUCCAGCCGCCCUGUGCCGAAACCCAGAGGCAACGUGCGGAAGUCAGGGGAUUCUCCUCCUCUCAACCGUCGUUGCUGUUAUUGUUACACCUGCAGCUCCCACCCUCCCUCCUUCCCACUGCUGCACACUCCCAGCCCUGCUGCUCAGGUGCUGCCGCCUGUCCCAUCUCCACCCUUUCACACUUUGCUUCUUCCUGUGUCUGCUUUUGUUUUUGUCCUACUCUGAAAUGCCUUUUUGUACAUUUAUAUGCUUAUUGUGUUUUUCACUUUUUGAAGAAAAAACACUGACUUCUAAUGUUCUUUCAGCAUUUUGAUUGUUUGACUUUGCUGCCCUCUAGUGACAGUUUAGUAGUAAGACAGACAAAGUAAGAGCCACUACUUAAAUGCUUGAAAAAUAAUAAAUAAUAACGACAAUAAUAGUAAUCAAAAGCUGUGGGCUUUUCUUGUAUUUAUUUCUAUAUGGCCCGACCUGACAGACGUUUCUUUAUGCUUCUCAUGUUAAGAAUAAACUCUCAAAGGGCAGAUCUAUGCAGACGCAGACAAUGUGAUGUAUUUGAAAACAACAAAACUAAAUUAAACUUGUGAUGGUACUGGUUUGUCAGUUUACAAUAUUAUUAACAAAGAUUUUAGUAAUUUUAAUCACUUUUACAACGAGGUAUAACCUGUAAGGAUUGUUCAUCUGUGAAGUGAGCAACACAGCUAAAUGUGGAGGUAGUGCCCCCAAAAAUGUUCCAAAAUCCCCUGCAAUAUGUUCCUAUUGGUCUUUACUCUUGUUUUGAAGUUCAAGUGAGAAAUAGUCAAACAAACACACAUUUCCUUACUUUUUGUGCUAAGUUGUUGAAAGCUUUUGUGGCAGUUUAGUUGCAUAAAGAUUUAAAAAUGUCAUGAGUAAAAUAAACUUCACGCCUGAGUAUUUCUACAGCAUGUGGGAGUUUCAGACAGCUUCAUAUGUACCAUACCUGAGAAACCAGACUCUUCCCUGUGAAGGGUUCAUCAGAGAUGAUAUCUGGCAUGAGCAACACAUUCUUAGCUGUUUGGUUACAUAAUCAAAUCAAAUAGCAUAGACGUAAUGGUCUAUGUGUGUUCUUGGUGUGCAGGAGUUGAGUGCUGGGAAACAGAGCCGUGGCUAACUUCCAUAUUCACAGAUCUACCAAAAAAAAGGACCAAUUAUGGGAUAUGAAUCUAACCUAGAUAGACACUAAAUCUAAAUAUUUCUAAAUGUAAAUAUUCCAACAGGUUUAAAAUAAAACUUUAUUAUAAAAGUAAAUCACACACAAACUGCUCAUCUCAUGGUAAUAGUUAAUGUUAUUACGGCUGAUGUAAUGUUACAUUAAAUCUAUGAGGUUGUCAUGCAGCUUUGUGGGUGUAUUUUUGAUGAAUGUCAACGCAAACCUUUGCAGCCUGCAGGCAGAUAGAUUACCUGUGUGUACACAGGAAUUCUACUUUAAUUAGGAUCCGAUGAGAUGUGAGUGGGUGUACAAAGUGUAAUUAAACUUAAAGGCUAACAGUAGAUC